GCCGCCCGCCCAGGACGCCGACGCCGCCAAAGCGGCGGCGCCGGCGUCCGAGGCCGAGACCAAGGAGCAGUGGUCGCGCAUCAUGUCCAAGAUGCGGCCGUCGUCGGUGACGGCCGCCCAGCAGCAGCGCACGCAGGUCAACGGUGACCGACCCCCGCAGCCGGACAGGAAGUGUCCCUUCUAUAAACUAAUACCGGGGGCGCCGUUCGCCGUGGACGCCUUCAACUACGGCAUCGUGCCAGGCGUGGAGGCGUACUUCCUGAGUCACUUCCACUACGACCACUACCGCGGCCUCUCCAAGACCUUCCCGAAGACCGUCUACUGUGGCAAGGUUACCGGGAACCUGGUGAUCACGCGACUGAAGGUGCCUGCCGAGCGCAUCAAGAUGCUGCCCAUGAACGAGCCCAAGCUGGUGUUCAACGUGGAAGUGACGCUGCUUGACGCUAACCAUUGUCCGGGCGCCGUCAUGUUCCUGUUCAAGUUCCGCGACGGGCGCGCGUACUUGCACGUGGGCGACUUCCGGGCCGACCCCUCCAUGGAGAGCUACCCGGAGCUGUGGAACACGGCCAUCGAUCGGGUCUACCUGGACACCACAUACUGUGAUCCGAUGUACGACUUCCCCAGCCAGUCCGACAUCCUGCACCAGUGCGUGCGCAUUGUCAACGAGGCCAUCCAGAAGAACGCCAAGACACUGGUGGUGUGCGGCAGCUAUACGAUCGGCAAGGAGCGCGUGUUCCUGGCGGUGGCCGAGUCGCUCGACUGUCUGUUCUGGGCGUCUGCCGACAAGCGGCGUACGCUGCAGUGCUUGGAGGAGCGGCAGAUCAAGCGUCGCCUCACCACGGACCAGCGGCUGGCGCGGAUACACGUGCUGCCGCUGGGUCACCUCACCAUGAAGACGCUGCAGAACUACCUGAAGAUAUUCCAGUCGCAGUACACCCAUAUCGUGGCCAUCAAGCCCACCGGCUGGGAGCACGGCAAGGACCACGAGACGCACGGCGACUUCAAGCCCAAGAUCUCGGGCAACAUCGCCAUCUACGGCGUGCCGUACAGCGAGCACUCGAGCUACUCGGAGCUGCGCCGCUUCAUCCAGUUCGUGCAGCCGCGCGAGAUCAUCCCGACGGUGAACGUGGGCAGCGCGCAGACGCGCGCUCUCAUGGAGGCCACCUUCCGCGACUGGCUGCGCGAGGCGCCGCUGCGGCCGCCCGGCCAGCAAUCCAUACGCAUACAUCGUCCAUAG